AUAAAAAUCAAAAGUUGUAUUCAAAGGGCUGUCAGUCAGAACACAAUAGUCGUCGCACAAAGUCAUGGGAACUCAUCAUUUUCUACUCCUAUCGGUAGCGCUACUAGUCGUGGGCUGCACCUACGGACAGCAACCGCCCGGUGCUCGUCAGCAGCGGACUAACAGCGCUAUUAUGCAGAUAAUGAAGUCGGUCGACAAGAUGUUGUGUUCCGACACCGACUAUACCCCGGAUAUUGUGGCCAAAAUCGAGGACUGCGACAAAUUUGACCCUCACUAUAAAAUUGAUAUGAUGUAUAAGGAGUGUCAGGAUCUGGUGCCUAAGGGUGAGCUCAGUUGGAAUGAUAGGCGAAAAUAUAAUUGCAAGGUUCGCGAGUGUUAUGAUCGCAAGUUUCAGUCCCCGGAUUACAAUAAGACAUGGGAUGAGAUCCGCAAUUUAUCUGACGUUGAGAUCGAAAAGAGACAAAUGCAGAAAUUUGAGUGUCUGGAGAAAGCGUUGUAAAGCGAUAAGUCUCAAAUGUAUCAGUAUUUUAGGAUUUAGUAUUAAAUGAAAAUAUUAUUUCAAUUGCUUUUAAUAUUGUACUCUAUACUUAUUUCAUUACCGCUAAAUCUAGUAUUAAAAACAAAUAUAAA